GCUCUAUCUACAAUCCGAUUUAUUUAUCCAAACAAAGAAACGAUCAACCAACUCCAUCCCUCUAUUUCCCUUCACUCCACUGAAAACACUAUAGCUUUAGCUUAACCAUGUCAAUGGAGCUCUGGACAUCUGCAAUUUCCAUGAACCUUUCAUUUCAUACUCGCUCAUCAUCUUUCUCUCUCCUAACUACCAAUAAUUCCAACCUUUUUCACAAAACCAACAACACCCUCUACAAAUUCCUCCACUUGUCUCCUUCUUCCCGCCAAUUCUAUCCCCUUCAACACUCAUUUUUCAAACCCCCUCCUACUCAUCUCUCAGCUUCAUCCUCUGCUACCGCUUCGAACACGAAGAAUGUCGAAAAGGAAGAUAAGCUUCCUGCUGAUAUUGAUGUAACAGAGGUUAAAGAGCCCAAUUCUAGAGUCAGAUUGACUGUGACUGUUCCACCAAUAGUAUGUGAUGAUUGUUAUAAAGGAGUUAUGAGAGAGCUUUCAAAGCAGGCAAAGGUUCCUGGAUUUCGGCCUGGAAAGCAAGUUCCGGACAGUAUUCUUAUUAGCUACGCAGGGAAGAGAAAUGUUGAAAGGGCGACUAUUGAGUCUAUACUGAAAAGGAUCCUUCCUCAUGCCUUGUCAUCGGUAAAUGGAAUAGCUUUACAAGAUUCCGUCAGAAUCAAUACUUCAUUUUCAGAGAUGGAGAAGACGUACGCUUCAUCAAAUUCUUUGAAGUUUGAUGUCGUGGUAGAUGUGUUGCCUGAAGUAAGAUGGAAUCCUGAAGAUGGAUACAAGAACUUGAAGAUUGUUGUUGAAAUAGAUAAUGAAAUAACUGCUGAGGUAGCUUGCGAACGAGAGCUAAAACGUCGAUAUAAGACGUUAGGUCCAAUGAGAAUAGUCACUGAAAGAGGGCUUCAGGUUGGUGAUGUUGUGGUAGUGGAUAUAUCAGCAGCAACAAUUGAGGAAGGUGGAAAAGAUUCUCAAAAGAUUCCUUCUGCUGAGAGCAAAGGUUUUAACUUUGACACAGAAGAUGCAGAAAAUGUUCUUCCUGGUUUUCUUGAUUCAAUAAUCGGAAUCCGACAAGGUGAAACAAAAUCUUUUCCACUUGUAUUUCCCGAAUCAUGGAGACAAGAAGAUCUCCGUGGAGUACAAGCUCAAUUCACAGUGGAAUGUAAAGAACUAUUUUACAGAGAACUGCCGCCAUUUGAUGAUUCUCUUGCUGAAAAGCUUCUACCAGGAUGUUCAACUUUGGAGGAGGUCAGGGAGGCAUUGCUGCAGAGAUGUCGGGAGCUUGAAAUAACAGCCAAGGAACAAGCAACAGAUAAUGCAAUUCUAGACCAGCUUCGUAAGUUAGUCGAAGUUGAUAUUCCUCAGUCCUUGUAUGAGGAAGAAGGUAGGCAAAUGUAUGGAGGAAAGCUUCUGGAAAUUCAGGCACAAAUGAAGUUGAAUGAUGAGCAGUUGGCAUCCUUAACAAAUCCGAAGACAGUAGCUGAAUACAUUGAACACGAGAAAGAAAACAUAGUUCAGGUGAUAAAACAGAACCUGGCUGUAGGAGACAUAUUUAAACGCGAAAAUUUACAGGUAUCAACUGAUGAGGUGGUGAAGGAGAUCGAAAGCUCCAUUGCAGAAUUUAAGAAGCAUCAGCAAGAGUACGAUGAAGAGCGUGUCAGAGAACAGGUUCAAGAGGUUCUCGAGGGAGCAAAAGUGCUAGAGUGGCUAAGAGAAAACGCUGAAAUUCAGUAUAUUACCAGGUGAAAAUCAAGAAGAAAAACGCAGUUUUAAACUGGCAAGGUAGCCUGGUUUGUUCAGAUGCCCUGUAUAUCUAUAUCUAUAUCUAUAUCUAUAUCUAUAUCUAUGGAUGGUGUAUACAUUAUGGUGUAGUGUUUCGGUCAUUUUUGAUAUCGUAAAGUCGGGUUAUUUGAUACCGCGAUGCAACUCAAAUAGGAAAUAUAGAGAUGUUUAUUUAGCCUGUGAGUGUUUGCUGGCCUGGGAGUUGGGACUGAUUUUCUUUUAUAAUUUGAGUAUUAGCAUUUGAAGUAUCAGUUUUAUUGUGUAUAGGAAGUACUGAAUUACUUAACUCCAUCAGUGGCUGUUUCUUUCUGAUCA